CCUCAUGGUGGAGGCGCACGAGGACGGGAGCCGGAACCGGUGCUGUGCUUGAAGGAUAGGGGGUGGCGCUGUGGAGUUCGUUUAGAAACGCUACCAGCAAGACUCACCAUAAUGGCAGAAGCAGCACAGGAACGAGUGCAGAAUUCAAUGACAAGUAUGGUCGAAGAUAUAGACAAGAGCUAUCUGAGAAAAAUGCAGGGAGAUAUGCAUCGGUGUGCAUCUAAGUGCUGUGAUGACUCAAACUCUUCAAUUGACAAAGUGCAUGGCUGCAUUGAACAAUGCUCAAUCCCUCUUCAGAAGGCACAGCACUUUGUGCAAGUGCAGAUGGGUGACAUUCAGGAACGUCUGCAGCGCUGUGUGAUGCAGUGUCAGGACAAGAUCAAGGACAAGGUCGGGCCGAACACCACCGAGACAGAGGUGCAGGGAUACAAAGGCGAAUUUGAGGCGUGCGCUGUCCAGUGCGUGGACGACAGCAUCAACACGUUCUCGAGCCACACGCGGAGGAUCAAGGACCAUCUACACAAGCGCGCCUACUAGCCGCCGGGCGUGCCCGCUAGUUGUUAUUGAGUGCCAGAUGAAUGCGAGCUGAAUGCCGAAUGUCGCGUCCACUGCUCCCCACUGUUACCGUGCUAGUGUCGGCCCCGACGAGCUCAAAGGCGAUGGUGGGCGAUUCUGCUGUCCCACGUCUUUAUUUUGGGCUCAGGAUGGCUCCCCACUGCCCGCUCGGUGUUUAGAAAUGGAAAUCGAGCCAUUCCAUGUUAUGUACAUUCGUCGAUUAGACCUGUCUUGACCGUUUGCAAUGCUCCAUUUAGGGCCGACGUGCCUUGGGGCGCCGUGUCCGGGCCGGUUGGGUCCGGCCGGCGGUACUUCUGAACAAGGCGCUAUGCUGACUUGCAUUUGUAUGAUCGUUGGUCGGCUCCGCACGCCGGGGAAAGGCGACUGCGCGCUAAUACAUAAUCGGUCAGCCCAGACUGACCGGAGCAUGUACACAC